AGGGUGUGCAUACAGACAAGGCUUAGAGACACCCUCCCUCUUAUAGGUUAGUGAUGAACCACAUCCCCAUGGGCAAAACUUUACAGAGACACACUCCUUGUGGGAUAAAGAAUGUUUGAGUGUGUCUUUGAAUCCUUUCCAGUUUUCCAGACUCCUUCUCUGGAGGAAAACAGAAUCCUCCGGUGACCCUUUCUCCUGAUGGUGUGUCAAACUUCUGGAGACACACUCAGUCCCAAGGUCUCUCUUAGAACAUGUCUUCUGGGCUCUCCUCUCUGUUUUAAUUGCCCUUGGCAGACCACAAUCCUGAAUUUCUAAGAGUGGGAACCACAGCCUUCCUCUGUUUUGAUCUGAAGCUGGGUAUAUUCAGAUGUGAAUGAAUACACUUAAAUAGCUGGCCUGCAAAAAUCACUCUUUUUUGCAGUCACUCUAACUGAGGUUGUUGGUGGUGUCUCGGUUGUCCUUUCUCUUGUUCUCUGGUGCCCUCUGGAAUUCUUUUUCUAUAUAAAUCACAGCACUGACCCUGUAGCCCUAGCUGCUACACAGGCAUCUUGUAGAAGGGCUCUGACUUAUGUAUGGGCAGUGAGAACACACAAACAGCAGCCUCAAUGUCUUUCAUGUGCUCCUGUGUCUAACUUCCAGAUAAAAUUUGGCUUUUUUGUGCAGGACUGUGUGGGAUCCUGUUGUGCUCUUAGUGCUGUGAAAUCUCAAAGCAGCAAUGGUACAGACCAUGGGUCAGUCAGGUUGGCUUUCCAUAGAACAGCAAUGGCCAAGCAUUAGUGCCAGCUUUGCAGCCAAUGGCAUUGCACUGCUGGUGAUGCUUACGAUUUUUAGCUUUUUAUAUUUUUCAUAUAUUUGUGGCCAUGUAGAUUGUUAAUGCAUGGUUGUAGCUUCUAGUACUUUUCCUAUCUUUCUUCCCUACAUUUAGGAACAAUAAGCUAACCUUUAUAAACACAUUCCUAAAAAUAUUGUUUAAUCUUAUUCCAAGAAGAGAACCAGCGCCAAGGAUGUUCUGUUUUCCAACCGGAAUCUGGACCAGGCAUAACAAAAGUGGGGCAAGAAAAACAUCUGGACUGCUUUCAGUGGGGCAGGACCCCAGGAAUUAUUACUUAACCAACUAACCUUUUAAUUGGACAGUAUAUGAUAAGUAUGCUAAUAGACUAACCUUAUAAAAAUUGUAGCUUUACUAUACCACAUAUGAUUUUCGUCAUAUUUUGUACCUUAAAGCUUUCAAGUAAAGGUUUGCUUAUAUAUUCACUCUUAAUGUUGUUGGGAAGAUCUAUUAUAUUUUCCAGGCUUUACUAGGACAGCCAGCUUUGCCUUUGGCAUUGGCCUUUCCCCAUGCCCUGGAGCAAGGAGUGAUUCCAGGCAGAGGAGAUGGCCAGAUUGAGUCAGUAGAGUGCGUUUAUUCCAUGGUGCCCCAUUUUUCUGUCACAAUCAGUAUAUCAUUGCUGUGUCUGAGCUGCUUCCUACACAGUUCUGGGUGGUGUGCCAGGCAUUUGUGCUGUGUCCAUCCUUGGGGCAACCCCAGAGCUCUGCACCUGCACGCUCCUCAUGCACAGAGUGGGCAGCUGCCUGCCAGCCCGGGAAGCACCGUGCUAUGCAUGUGUUGCUGCUGGCAGGGCUCAGGCUUCUCCAUCUGCUGUGCCACUCAUCUCCUGAGGACGGGUUCGCCAGACAGGCCACCGUCCCCUGUCAACGUGACCGUGACGCAGCUGAAGGCAAACUCUGCCACAGUCUCCUGGGACGUACCAGAAGGAGACGUGGUCAUCGGCUAUGCCAUUCUACAGCAGAGGCAGGAUGGGCAGAUGCAGCGCUUCAUCCGGGAAGUGAACACCACCAACCGUGCCUGUGUGCUGUGGGACCUGGCAGAGGAUGCUGACUACAUCAUCCAGGUGCAGAGCAUUGGCCUGUAUGGGGAGAGCCAGGCUAGCAAGCGUGUCCACUUCCGCACCCUGAAGGAGACCGACCGCCUGCCUUCCAACAGCUCCAACCAAGGUGACAUCACCAUGGAAGGGCUGGACAAAGAUCGGCAGCUGCAGACAGGCGAGAUUAUUAUCAUUGUGGCUGUGCUGCUCAUGUGGGCAGCGGUGAUCGCCCUGUUCUGCAGACAAUAUGAUAUCAUCAAGGAUAAUGACUCCAACAACAACAAGGAGAAGACAAAGCCGUCCUCAGAGCAUAGCACGCCAGAGCGACCGAGCGGAGGGCUGCUGCGGAGCAAGAAAUCUCCCUCAGUCAAUAUCAUCGAGGUGUAAGUGCAACACCAGCUCUACCAUCUGGGAUCUUGGGUGUCCUGCCAGAGCCAAAGCAGGCCUUGGAAGAAGAGGCAGCACCAGGCGCGCAGCCUGGAACUCAGCAUGCGAAGAUCCACGUAUCAGAACUCCCGCUUUCCUGAGGGCACCUGUCUGGGAAUGUGCAUGGAGCCAGCUCCCAAGCCAUGCAUGCAGAGCAUGGCCCUGCCCAUCCCACACACCUGGCCCUCCUCCCCUCCCUGUGGGAAAUGUGAAGUUGAGGACGGGUGGGGGGCCACACCACUGGCUAGGGUGGGAGGGGGCCAAGGGGAGCCGAUGGGCUGAUGCACCAGCCUGAGAAGAGGCCACGACCCUGUGCACCGGCUUGGCCAAAGCCCUGGGUGCAGCUGUGGCACUGGACGCAUGCCCAGCAUCAGGGGGCAGACCUUGCUCUCAGCUGCUUGUUUGGCCUUGGGCAUUGCUUACAGAGAGCAGGAGCUGCUCCCCUCAGGGCUGAGGAAACAGGGCGGUGCGGGUAUUGCCCCAGCACUGCCAGGAGAGCUGUGGCCAGGUGAUGGGGGGGUAUGUCUGUGGGGCUGGGCCCAGCCCGCACAAGGGCGAGUGAAUUGCUGCUGGAGAACAGGGCUCCACUGCACCCUGUCAUGGGCAUGCAGGGGCUUCAAAUCCUCUGUCUGCUGCAGAGGACAAAGACACAAGGGACAAUGAGGAGCUGGUGCUGUCACGGUGCCUGGCCAGCCCCUGCAGCCGGGGCAGGGAGUGCUGGUGGAAGCCCCACAGGGCUGGGGGAGUGGGCAGUGUCAGGGCAUGGCUGUGGCUGUGCUGUGUAUCCAGCAGGGCUGAGUGCUGGCCAUUCUGGCUGUUGGAGGGGAGCUGCCAAGCGCUUUUUGAGUAGCACAGUCUGUGCUGCCUGGAGGAGACAAUGUGGUGAGGCCUGCAAGGUCUCGGUUGGGGUGAAACAAGGAGGUUCCCUGCUGCCCUGGCUGCUGCUCUCCCUCCAUCCUCUGCUCUGCAGCCUGCCACAGACAGGCUCUGCAGCCCUGGACUCAAGCAUCACAGGAUCCAGCGUCUUCCAGGAAUAAAUCUCCCAGUAAAAGCACUUUCAGGACUUUUCCUUCCAGGUGCUGCUCAGCUCCUGCUGCAAGACUAGGCGGGGAAGGGACAGGAUAAGCAACUUCUGUGGCAGGGUCUUUUCAAUAAAAGCAUCCUGGCUCAAAGGCAGCAUCAGA